CCGAGCGCCAACCCGCGAGCAGCCGAACCCGGCGUGCUGCCCUCUCGCCGCCCGCCAUGGCCCGCGCAGCCCCGCUGCUCGCCGCGCUAACCGCGCUUCUCGCCGCCGCCGCUGCUGGCGGAGAUGCUCCGCCGGGCAAAAUCGCCGUGGUUGGGGCCGGGAUUGGGGGCUCUGCUGUGGCCCAUUUCCUCCAGCAGCACUUUGGACCUCGGGUGCAGAUCGACGUGUAUGAGAAGGGAACCGUGGGUGGCCGCCUGGCCACCAUCUCCGUCAACAAGCAGCACUACGAGAGUGGGGCCGCCUCCUUCCACUCCCUGAGCCUGCACAUGCAGGACUUCGUCAAGCUGCUGGGGCUGAGGCACCGCCGUGAGGUGGUGGGCAGGAGCGCCAUCUUCGGCGGGGAGCACUUUGUGCUGGAGGAGACCGACUGGUACCUGCUGAACCUCUUCCGCCUCUGGUGGCACUAUGGCAUCAGCUUCCUGAGGCUGCAGAUGUGGGUGGAGGAGGUCAUGGAGAAGUUCAUGAGGAUCUAUAAGUACCAGGCCCACGGCUAUGCCUUCUCGGGUGUGGAGGAGCUGCUCUACUCACUGGGAGAGGCCACCUUUGUCAACAUGACCCAGCACUCUGUUGCCGAGUCCCUGCUGCAGGUGGGCGUCACACAGCGCUUUAUUGAUGACGUCGUCUCUGCUGUCCUGCGGGCCAGCUAUGGCCAGUCAGCAGCGAUGCCUGCCUUUGCAGGAGCCAUGUCACUAGCCGGGGCCCAAGGCAGCCUGUGGUCUGUGGAAGGAGGCAAUAAGCUGGUUUGUUCCGGUUUGCUGAAGCUCACCAAGGCCAAUGUGAUCCAUGCCGCAGUGACCUCUGUGACCCUGCACAGCACAGAGGGGAAAGCCCUGUACCAGGUGGCCUAUGAGAAUGAGGUAGGCAGCAGCUCUGACUUCUAUGACAUUGUGGUCAUCGCCACCCCCCUGCACCUGGACAACAGCAGCAGCAACUUAACCUUUGAAGGCUUCCACCCGCCCAUUGAUGACGUGCAGGGCUCUUUCCAGCCCACCGUUGUCUCCUUGGUCCAUGGCUACCUCAACUCUUCCUACUUCGGUUUCCCAGACCCUAAGCUUUUCCCCUUUGCCAACAUCCUUACCACAGAUUUCCCCAGCUUCUUCUGCACUCUGGACAACAUCUGCCCUGUCAACAUUUCUACCAGCUUCCGGCGAAAGCAGCCCCAGGAGGCAGCUGUUUGGCGAGUCCAGUCCCCCAAGCCCCUCUUUCGAACCCAGCUGAAGACCCUCUUCCGUUCCUAUUACUCGGUGCAGAUAGCUGAGUGGCAAGCCCAUCCCCUCUAUGGCUCCCGCCCCACGCUCCCAAGGUUUGCACUCCAUGACCAGCUCUUCUACCUCAAUGCCCUGGAGUGGGCAGCCAGCUCCGUGGAGGUGAUGGCCGUGGCUGCCAAGAAUGUGGCCUUGCUGGCUUACAACCGCUGGUACCAGGACCUAGAUAAGAUUGAUCAAAAAGAUUUGAUGCACAAGGUCAAGACUGAACUGUGAGGGCUCCAGGGAAAGCCUAGGAACUUUCAGCCCCCCCUGAAGAUGGAUCACGCCCCACAGCAGCCCAGGACUGAAUAAGCCAUGCUCGCCCGCCAGGCCUCUCUGACCCCUCAUGUAUCAAGCAUCUUUUCCCUCCAGUGUGGGUCCGGUUGACCUACUGUCUGCCUAACUUAAGGGUCCUCACAAUGGCUGCUGCUUUUUUUUAAGGGGGAAAGUGAAAAAAGGAAAGGAAAUCCAAGCUAGUAUAUUUGUUUUAUUUAUUUUUUUUUUUUAAGAAGAAAUAAAAGUUCAUCUUCACAAGGUGCUUCAGACUUGGUUUUUUAACUAGGAACCAGAAGACUUCGGGAGAGAUUAUAAAGCAGAGAACUAUGAGUCUAAUUUUUUUACUGCUUUUCACUACAUGCUCCCACAGUGGACAAUCAGUUGAGGCAACCUACAGUGAAACAUUUACAACCAGAGGGUUACAAAUAAUGUCAAAGAGAAGAUCAGAAACCCUAAGAAAUGACCAUAGCUCCUGUUUACUGUGUGGACUUGCUAGAUUUGAGGUACCUAGUUCAGAACUCACUAGUCACCAUCUCCAAGCUUGUCAACGUCACUGCAUAUUGGAGGAGAUGACUGUGGUGGGACCCAAGGAAGAGAUGUGUGCCUGAACAGUGAUCAGCGUAUCUCCAAGUUUCCUGGAACCAGUGGGAACAGAGAAACCUGUGAGGCUGUAGGAACAGGGAAGCUCUUCCUUGGCACCUGGAGGAAUUGACUCUUCUCUUCCUUCUGCAGAGAUUGAGGAAUGCAGCCAUGCAAAGAAGACGAGUCCCCAGCUGGUAGAGAGAGAGGUCCUAUCUCACCCCUAGGUGUUCAUCCCAGCAGAAGAAAGAGAAAAGAAGGUGUUAGGGUAGGCUUCUUCAGAGGUUAGCCUGGUACUUGCUCAUCAGACAGUAGCUUGAAAUAAGAGGAAAAUUAUGUUUUGCUUUGCUUUUUCUACAAACCUUUAAAAAUCACUCAUUUUAGAAAAGAAAGUAAAAGUCCUUUUCAUUCC